CCACUCGUCAAAAGUUCGCGGCAGAUCCGGGGGUUAAUUAUCAGCCAACCGUUCUUGUUUCAUUAUCUUAGCGGGGCACUUUAUAAUCUUCCAAACAAGGAUUCUUCAACGCAAUCCACAUUCCCAUCCGUCCAGCCGUCCGUCCUCCCCUUUCCCACUUCGGAUGGUGUUACUCGCAUGAGCCACAGGUUACGAUCUCAUUCGGUUCGGCUUUCUUACCCCCUCCGAGUUGCCGAACCUAUCGUUACAAGGCAUUCCGGCAAACAACCUCUCGGCACCCAAAUUGUCCCUUUUACAUCACCAAGCCCGGAAACAUAUGCAGCCGUUAGAUUGCCCGAGAAGACUCUGGUAGUCUACCUGUCUGCCUGCUCGACACAGAGCAUGAUACGACCUGAUUCUCACGUAAGCCUCAGUCAGGGGUAACCGUGAAUCAGACCCUUCUUGGUUACGAGUGCCUAAAUCUAAGAGCCGCAUCAUAUGAUCGCCUUUGUUGCUCCUUCGUCGAAGCUUAAUUCUUUCCAUAGAAUUCUUUCGAUAUGGCGAUCUACAUUAAGCGAUUAACGUGGCUCGGCCUCUUCGUCGCAUUUUGCUUCGCACUCUUCUGGAGCCGAACAUUUUAUGGAACGACGAGACUGUCUGACCAAUUAUGCUCUAUUGUAGAUGUUUGUCGAACUGAUCCACCGGAUCUCUUUUCGGUUGAAAGUACUCCCGUCGCCCUCGAAGGAUAUGGAAACUUCACCGGAACCACCAUAAAGACUACAUUGAGUGGUGUUGCGCUUCCAGCCCCAGUUGACGCUUGGCUCGGUAUCGACUACGCCACUCAGCCUAUUGGUGAAGGCCGUUUUAGACCCGUUGACUGGCCCGCUCCAUUCGACGGUGUGAAGCCAGCUGCAUCAUAUGGGAAAGCAUGUACACAAGAUACCAAGUAUGUCAAUAUAGAGGCUCAAGGAGAGGCAUGUCUAAAUUUCAACGUAUAUCGGACGCAGGGCGUUCCGUUGAGCAAGAAACUUCCGGUUUUUGUCUACAUCCAUGGCGGAAGUUUCAACUUUGGAAGCAGUAAAAGUUUAGAUGGGGCUGCCUUCGUGGCAUCAUCUAAGGAGCCAGUAAUGGUCGUGAGUUUUCAUUAUCGCUUGAACUCCCUUGGUUUCCUCCCCUCGGCAAUGUUCAGUCAGGAGGGCCUCCUCAACCUCGGAUUGCGAGAUCAGUACUUCUUUUUGAAGCAUUUUGUGCAGAAGCAUAUCGCCUCCUUUGGAGGUAACCCGGAAGCUGUCACGCUUGGUGGUCGCUCUGCCGGCGCUCAUUCUGUGGGCAUUCACUACUUUCAUAAUUAUGGCCAGGACGCCGGAAAGCCUUACAUGGCCAGAACUAUCCUUCAGUCUGGAUCCGUCACUGCACGGACAUUCCCAAAUGCCACUUAUCCCUUAUACAUUCGGCAAUUUGAGGAAUAUAUGACAUUUCUUGGCUGUCCUAUUAAUGAUAAUGCCGCCGCCUUAGCCUGUCUCCGGUCCGCUAAACUCGCUGAUAUCAGAAAGAUUAGCAGCAAGAUGUAUGAUGACUUCCUGUACAAUAACACGUGGCCAUUCCAACCAACACAAGGGGGCCCAAUGCUGGAAAAGUUUGGCUCUCAGUCUGGUUAUGAUGAGACUUUCUUUCAUGUGCCAACACUCACCACCACUGUCACAAACGAGGGAAGAUGGACAGUUCCAGGCGACAAGAAGACAAAUGAAGAGUUCAUAGAAUAUAUGCACACAGGUACCCCGCUUCUAACCAAUGACGAUCUAGAGUUGCUAGCAUCCUUAUACCCAGACCCAAUAACGAAUAUCAAGUCCCCUUUCAAAGAUUCCCCGAAAGAGAAGGAGGCGCAAUAUGCCCGACUAUCUGCCGCCUGGAGUGAUUACGCGUAUAUCUGUCCCGGGCAGGAGACUGCGUAUAGGGUGUCAACCGCUGGCGUGCCGACUUGGAAAGGUCGGUUCAACACGAAUAAUAGCUACCCGGCUUGGAAGGGCAUUCCUCACGCGGCUGACGGGAAGUAUACAUGGCCCGAACCAAAGACCCAAUACCCGGAGAUAGGCCACGUGCUCCAUGGAUACUUGUCAAGCUUCGUCACGGCUGGGGACCCGAACACACACAGAUACCCAGGAUCUCCCGAGUGGCCAAGAUAUACGCCAGAAGGAUACGGCCUCGAUUCAAAACCGGCGCACCAGCUUGUUAUCCAGCCCCAUGAUACCAAGGUCGAGACGGACGACAUUCGCCGCGAGGCUUGUCUGUUUUGGAGAGAUCCUGAGAGAGCGCCCCGACUGAAUAAGUAAUUGGAUAGAGAAGACCCCGAUUAUCACCUCAAUAUACCUAUAUUCAUAUAUUCAUAUCGAACUCCUAUAUCACGUAUAACCGGAAGCUAUUCGCCUACGUCGGCACGUGAUCCGAUGAUGUGGAGUCAAUUCGACCCCGAGCCGCUUGGAGAAGAGGAGUUGGGAUUGAUGGUUGGAAUGACGUGAUUCACGCUUCAACCGUAUUGGUGGAAGUGCCAGGGGUCUCUUCUUAACUAAGUUUCCUUCACCGGACCUAAGAUCCUCUGCCUUAUAUUAGGUUCCUUAUUUAGAAAUACUUUCUUCGGGUCGAUCGCAUCUCACUGCACCAAUUCAAGACGAUGGCGACUUCAUUCAGUGAAAUCCCGGUCAUAGACCUCUCGC